UUUUGAGGCUUGCCCUGAAUCCACAGGACGCUUCGCAAAGCCUGUCCGGCUCAGGAUGACUUUUGACGGAGACGAUUACCUCCUGCCAACAAAAGCAAAGCGGAUGCCAAGGGAAAGGCUGCAUCGAGCGUACUUGUAUUUGGUGGAUCUUGUGCUCCAGUUUGUGACCCAUCACUAGUGUUCAAUUGCAGCCGAUUUUGGGAAACAGCAGUAUAUUCCUCGUCGCCAGGGGGCACCCACCCUUCCACUAUUUUGUUCCCUCUUUCCCUGUUGUUUUCGUUCAAAUUUCCCUUUUGGAGCCAGGAUCUGAGAAGCGGAGUCGGAUGCGGGUUGGGGAGGAGGAGCCGCCGCAGCCCUGCUUUUCCCCCCCUCUUGAUCUCCAGAGAGCCCUUUCAUCUUGCUUGGGUCUUUGGGGGUGGAGUGGCCACGUGGCCUCUAGAAGUGGCUUCCAGAAGGGCUCUAAUUUAAACACACAAAGGGUCGCAUGCCAAGUACCGUCUCGGGCAAAGAGGAGGAGGCAUAUCAACCUCACCAUCACUGUGUCUUGAAUCCUCCGUUCUGCAGCCAACUCAGCAUGACAUCUGUGUGACCCUGAAGGCCGAAGAGAGAGGCAAAGAGAUCCUGCGAUCACAGGAAGACUUUCCUCUUCGAGUGGCCAGUCGUCCUCCAGACCCCUCCUUGCAUCGGUGGAAGUUGUGCAGUUGGGUCAGCAUGGCCGUGGGGCCAGCCUUCGCCAUGUGUUUCCUGGCCUCGUUCGUUCUGAGUGUAGACGCCUUCUCGAUCAGCAGUUGGUGGAACCUGGUGCCCAGGAAAACAGUGCCCUACAACGAGUUGAAGGACGUCACAAGGCAUUUCUCCAGCGUCGGGAUAUCCAACUACACAACGCUGACGUUGGCUGACUCUGAUGGCUUACUGUACGUAGGGGCGCGAGAAGCCAUCUUUGCCCUCAGCACUGGCAGCAUGGAGCUUCAGGACAUGAUCCUCUGGGAAGCACCAGCAGAAAAGAAAGCAGAGUGUAUCCAAAAGGGCAAAAGUAACCAGACUGACUGCUUCAACUACAUCCGUUUGCUGCAGCCUUACAACAGCUCCCAUAUGUACACGUGUGGCACCUACGCCUUCCAGCCCAAGUGUGCCUACAUUGACAUCACCACCUUCUCCUUGGACAGGCAGUCCUUUGAAGAUGGAAGGGGGAAAUGCCCUUAUGACCCGGCCAAGGGGCACACGGGGCUGAUUGUGGAGGAAGAGUUGUACUCUGCAACGCUCUACAAUUUUUUGGGCACCGAACCUGUGAUUCUGCGAAACCUCGGCCCCCAGUAUUCGGUCAAGACCGAGCACCUCUCCACUUGGCUCAAUGAACCUCACUUUGUGGGCUCAGCCUUCGUCCAGGAGAGCAAAGGCAGCGACAAAGGAGAUGACGACAAGGUUUAUUUCCUCUUCAGUGAACGGGCUGUUGAAUAUGACUGUGACAUUGACCAGGUGGUGGCUCGUGUGGCCAGAGUCUGCAAGGGCGACGUAGGUGGUGCCCGGACUUUGCAGAAGAGGUGGACCACCUUCCUCAAGGCCCGUCUGCUGUGCUCCAUCCCAGAGCAGCAGCUCCAUUUCAACCGGUUGCAGGGCUCCUUCACGCUGAACGGGGAUCACUGGCGAGAAACCAGCUUUUUUGGGGUCUUCCAGUCCCGCUGGGGGGAUGUCGACGUGUCUGCUGUGUGCCAAUAUGAGAUUUUGGACGUGCAGAAAGUGUUUGACGGCCCCUACAAGGAGUACAGCGAGAUUGCCCAGAAGUGGGUUCGAUACUCUGACGCGGAGAUCGUCCCGCGUCCCGGAGCCUGUAUCACCAACUGGCACCGGCACAACAGCUUCACCAGCUCCCUGGAGCUGCCGGACAACACCCUCAACUUCGCCAAGAAGCACCCACUGAUGGACAAAGCAGUCUUGCCACAAGGCAACCGGCCAUUGCUGGUGAAGAAGGAUGCCAACUUCACACAGCUGGUGGUGGAGCGAGUCCAUGGCUUGGAUGGGAAGCCCUACCAAGUGCUGUACAUUGGAACAGAGAACGGCUGGCUGCACAAGGCAGUGGUCUUGCCUUCUGGUGUCCAUCUCAUUGAAGAGGUACAAGUCUUUGAGCGACCCCAGCCUAUCAAAAGCCUGGUCUUAUCCCACCAAAAGAGGGUGCUGUUUGUGGGUGCCAAUUCCGAAGUCGUUCAGCUUCCGGUGGCCGACUGUAGCAAGUAUCACUCUUGCUCCGACUGCGUCCUGGCCAAGGACCCUUAUUGCGCCUGGACCUGGAAUGGGAGCCGCUGUGUCCGUAUUGAUGCCUAUGACGGGACCUCUGUGUUGAUCCAAGAUUUUGGUACAGAGCCAGCACUGUGCAGGCCCAUGCGAGCCACUCGGCCAGGAACCAAGGUCAUUGCCAAGAAUGUCACCGUGAUGGUGGGCACAGACCUAGUGCUCCCUUGCCGCCUCACCUCCAACCUGGCCAAGGCCAUCUGGACCUUCAAUGGGCAGGAAUUGCCCGAGGAGCAAACGUCGGUCCUUUAUGACGCCCACCUCCAGGCCCUGAUCAUUUUGGAUGUCACCAUGAGGCACGGUGGCAAGUACCGGUGCGUCCAGUUGGAAGAGCUAAAUGAACUGAUGUCGGAGAGCUAUGUGGUGACAGUGGUGUCGGGUUCAGCCACCUCUCUGGAAGCACGGGCCCCCUUGGAGAACCUGGGCCUGGUCUGGAUGGUGGUGAUCGCCCUGUCGGCUGUGUGCUUGGUACUUCUGCUGGUGGUGCUGUCUUUGAGGCGCCGGCUGAAGGAGGAGCUGGAGAAGGGCUCCAAGGUCAUUGAAAGCACCCUUGUCUAUCCCAUUGAGAUGCCAAAGGAGGCCAAGAGCCCUACCUUCAUUCCUAGCACCACCUCGGACUCAGAUGAGAAGCUUUGGGACCCAGCUAGCUAUUACUACUCAGACGGCUCCCUCAAGAUUGUCCCGGGCCAUGCCGUGUGCCAGAACGGGGGCACCACCCCGUCCCCCACCGCCAACGGCAUCCCCGGGCAGCCGCUGCAGUCGCCGCCCCUCCACUCGCCCAACCGCAUCAACCUGGGCAACAUCCGUGGCUCCUCCUCCAACGGCUACAUCCGCCUCAACCUGGGCGCCGAGGAGCGACCGGACUACAGCGACUUGGCCGAGGAGCUGCGCCGGAAACUCAAACAGAGGCAAGCACUGCCGGACUCUAACCCGGAGGAGUCAUCGGUAUGAGCCUCCGUGCCACGGACCUCUCCAACAUCACGAUGCAGUCAGAGACGUGUCAUGGACCUCUCAACUACCUCAUCAACCAAGCUGGGAUCACUGCCUCCAGCUGGGACUCUUUUUUUUAAAAAAAAAAAUACCAGAUUAAUAAUCCUAUUUAAAAACUUAUUUGGACCUGGUGUUUGUUUUCACACAACCAGUUUUUAUACACUGCCAAGGCGCUCUCCUCCUGGUGCGCCUCUCUCGUUUGGCGUUUUCAGCUGCGCUUCCUUCUGGGACACUCCUAAAACUUUGUGGGAGUUGUUUUCUGCUCUUCCUUUGCCUUUGGACGGUGAGUUUGGCCUCACUGGAGAUGUAGCCAUCGACAGACGGACUUGCUGGUCUUUUGUCAUCGAAGUAGGUCCCAUGACUGACAGCCAUGCUGUGAACGCUCAUUGGGAAAAGCAGGGUGCAGCCGCUAUAUUGGCUCCGUAUCCUUCUCUCCCCUUUUCACCUUUCAGUACUGACCAGCCAUAUGCAAUAUUUGGGCUGGGUUACCUGCUUUUCUCCCCAAAUGAAAUGCUGAGGAUUAGGAUGAUGGUGUAUAACUCCCCUUUCUCUUUGCCAGAUCCCAGGGAAACACUCCAAAAAUUACAUUUCGUGGCUCUUUAGAGGAGUGCAACCCGAAGGGCCCCAAAUAGGCUGAGCAUUGGGAAGAUGAGAGGAUACCACCUUGUCAUUUACAUGGCAGAGAGAAGUAAAUAUGUAUGUUUGAAAGAGCCUCACGUUGCCCAAGGAAUUAACUUUUUUUAUUGUGUUAGAAGCGAGUUGAGGAUACAGUUAAAAUACAUUGAAAAACACAACGUUUAAAAAAGAACUUGACAUGAUGCUAAAUGUCCUUUGACCAGAAACUGGCCAUUUGAAGUGCCUCUGGUGUUGCUGUGAAGAUCCUCCAUUGUGC